CUUACUACUAUUCUUGACAGCUGACUAUGUCCAGAUGCAUUGUCAUUCUCACACAAAUGUAGGCUGGAGCUGGUAUAAAAGCAGUCGUUUUACGAAGCAGUGGAACACCAGCCACCUUCCCGCUCCCUCUCCCUAUCCAACCUGCUAGCCUGUAAGCAUGUCCUCUGACACCGGCAGCCCUCUUCUUCUAUACACCGGUAAGACUCCAAAUGGCUACAAGGCGUCGAUACUCCUCGAGGAGCUGAAGCUAGCAUACGGUGGUCCCGACUAUGACGCGUUUUCAAUCGACAUUAGGACGAACGUCCAGAAAGAGCCAUGGUUCAUAAAAUUGAACCCAAACGGCCGCAUCCCUACGCUCGUGGAUCGCUCUCGCAACAACUUUACUGUCUUCGAGUCCGCAGCAAUACUGCUUUACCUUGAGCAGCAUUAUGACAAGGAGAAGAAAUUCGCAUUCGAUCCCGUCAGCGACCCGGACAACUACAGUGAAAUGAUUCAAUGGAUCUUCUUUGCCCAUGGCGGAGUAGGGCCAAUGCAAGGCCAAAAUCACCACUUCAACAGAUAUGCUCCCGAGGAUCUUCCCUAUGCAAAGAAACGCUAUAUCGACGAGACCAAGCGGCUCUACGAGGUGCUUGAAAUCCGCCUCUCCCAGGGUCGCGAAUACCUAGCUGGUCCUGGAAAGGGUGUUUAUUCCCUCGCCGAUCUGAACGUAUUCCCGUGGAUUAGGCUUCAUGAAUGGGCAAUGAUACCGACCUUAGACGAAUGGCCGAGCUUGAAGGCCUGGGUCAACAGGAUCUCCGAACGUCCCGGUGUCAAAGCAGGCGUGGCAGUCCCGUAACGAGUUUAGGGUGAAUUGCUAGGUACAGACAUAAGGCUGAAAUCGAAAUAGCACCUUGUAAUAGUAUAUGCCUGCAAGAACUC